AUGAGUAUCGGCGUCGACAAACGCCACACGGCGCCGAACGGCAAAGUGACCGCACAAUAUAUCGAGAUAAUCCGUCAAGGCGAGGAAGAAGACCGAAUCGACAACUUGCCCUUCUCACAGCAAGCCGCAGCAUGGGAGCGCGAGCAUAAGCGGCGAGCAGCGUGGAAACUUCAACACCAACAGAGCAACCAUACACCUCCAACGGCCAAUGGCGCCACCACAACUGCAAUUACCUGUUUGGCCCCUAGCACUGGUGCCAAUUCAUCUUCCACGUCUCAAAGCGCAAAUGGGCCUGUUGCGAGUAGUACUGUGGUGCUGCCGCCGUCCCCUAGUCCGUCGCCUCCCAAACGGCUCCGAUGGAGUUUGAAGUUGAAGAAAGGGAAAGACCCGUAG